CUUCUCUUCGAUUCCAAGUUGCGGCGUCGGCGGCCUCCACUUCACUCAAUCGCAGUCUAAAUCGAGAAUAUGCAUACUUGACAAAGCACUACGUAAAUAUGAAGUAAGAAGAUGUUUCCUUUCUGUGCAGAUGGAUGUAGAGAAGCUUAGGAGGAUGGCCGGUGCCGUCCGCACCGGUGGAAAAGGAAGUGUACGGAGAAAGAAGAAGGCAGUUCACAAGGCGACAACAACAGAUGAUAAGAGGCUUCAAAGCACUUUGAAAAGAAUAGGCGUAAAUUCUAUCCCUGCUAUAGAAGAAGUCAACAUUUUUAAGGAUGAUCAUGUUAUUCAAUUUAUUAAUCCUAAAGUACAAGCUUCAAUUGCUGCAAAUACAUGGGUUGUCAGUGGAUCUCCUCAGUCAAAGAAACUUCAAGAUCUGCUACCUGGAAUCAUUAACCAGCUUGGCCCUGACAACCUAGAACACCUGAAGAGGCUUGCAGAACACUUGCAAAAGCAGGCACCUGCUGCCAAUCGAAAGCAGGAUGAAAACGACGAUGACGUCCCUGAGCUAGUGCCUGGGGAGACAUUCGAAGCUGCUGCAACCGAAAAUCAAGCUAAGUAGAGAAGUGAUAUUUUGAGAUACUAUUUCAGACAUUUCAUGCUCUUGUAUCCCCAUCCUGGAUGAUUCCAAAUGGGAACCGAACGUUACCACUAUGUUAAAUCGACCACUGAAAGGCAAAUGUUUUUAUUCUUUCCUUUAAUCAGAAUGUUUUGAAGUAACGACUAGUAGUAUAUUUUGUGUUUUGAGUCUCAA